AUGUUCUCGCGACAGGUUCUCCGCGCCGCCCGAGUCGCCGCUCCUCAGCGAGCCCUCGCCCUCCGAGCCGCCCCCGUCCGAUCCUUCGCUGCCGCUGCCACGACCGAAGUCAAGCCCCCGAUUUCCGUCUUCGGCGUUGAUGGCACAUAUGCUACUGCUCUGUACACUGCUGCCGUCAAGACCUCGAGCAUCGACGCCGCUGCCGAUGCCCUGAACAGACUCGGCGCUCUCAUCGAGAAGGACCCCAAGCUCGCCACCGUCCUGUCCGCCCCGACCCUCACCCCGGCCGACAAGAAGGCCAUCGUCCAGGAGCUCGAGAAGCAGAUCAACGCCAAGGACGAGACCGUCAAGAACUUCCUCGCCACCCUCGCCGAGAACAACCGACUUGGACUUAUCCCCGGUGUUGUUGAGAAGUUCUCUUCCAUCAUCUCUGCCGCCCGCGGUGAGGUUGAGCUCACUGUUACCAGCGCUCAGGCUCUCGACAAGCGAACCCUCAACCGAUUGGAGACUGCCGUCUCCAAGUCUGCCUACGUCAGCCAGGGCCAGAAGCUCAAGGUCACCAACGAGGUUAACCCCGAGAUUGUUGGUGGACUCGUCGUUGAGAUCGGUGACCGAACCAUCGACCUCAGCGUGUCUUCCCGCAUCGCCAAGAUGAACAAGCUCCUCACGGACACUCUGUAA